UUGCCGGCGGCCCGCAGCCGCUCCAGCCAGCCGGGCACCGCCAUGGCGGCCGGGCCCCGUCCCCAUGGCAACGCGCCCGGGCCGCCCGGAAGCACUUGCAGGCCCCGCGGCCUACCGGGGGUGGGCCCGGCCCCGGUUCCCCUCGGGCUCCCGGGGUGUUUUGGGGGGCCCCGCGGGUCCGGGCAGGGCGAAGAGGACGAGCAACUGCAGCCGAACGUCCCGCCAGCGGAGCGAGGCCCAGCCCAGCCUAUGGAGCCACGGGGGAUUGUCAAAGCCUUUCCCAAGAGGAAGAAGGUGAGGGAUGAUUCCGGGAAAAGCAUCCCUCCAAAGAUCCCAAAAGAAGGAACAGGGGUACCUGAGGCAGAGUGGCUGAAACCAGUCACCGCCUACGUGUUGCAAGCUGGCAUCGGCCAAGCCAGGGCAGAGAUCUUCCGUAAGCAAAUUGUCCAGAAUGGGGGUCGUGUAUGCGACCAUCUCUCCUCGGAGGUGACGCACGUCAUUGUGGCUGAAGACAUGGAUUGUGAUCGGUCCUUUCGGCUCCUGAAAUUAACCAAGCUGCCUUCAGGGCUGCAGCUAGUGAAGGCAUCCUGGCUCAGUGCUUGCAUUAGAGAUCAGGAGCUGCUGAGUACCACUGGCUACGGUGUCUUUGUCCCUCAGAGGUACCUGGAAAAGGGAGAACAGCAGAAACAUCAGCAGCCCCUGGGCAAUGAAGAGGUCCAGCCCUCAGCAGACAAGGAAGCCGCGGAACCAAACACUAAAGCACCAGUGGGGGACUUCUCACUGCAAAGCCAGUCCGAGAAAGUCUGUGACGAUGAAGACAGUGAAGGAGAAGAUGCUAGUGUCACCCAAGGGGAUCUGGAAGCACUGAUUUCUGGCCACUACCCUGUGAAAUUGUCGGAGGAGACCAGUGACAGCUCUUCCACAGUGGCUCAGCCUGCCAGCAAGUGGGUUUGUGCUCAUUCCUCCGACAGCAAGAAGGAGAAUCACAACCAGUGCAUCACAGAGAAGCUGGAAGUGCUGGCAAAAGCCUAUUCUGUCCAGGGGGACAAGUGGAGGGCUCUGGGCUACUCCAAAGCCAUCAAUGCACUCAAGAGCUACCACAAGCCAGUCACCUCCUACCAGGAAGCCUGUAAAAUUCCUGGGAUCGGGAAGCGAAUGGCAGAGAAGAUCCUGGAGAUCUUGGAGAGCGGGCACCUGCGGAAGCUGGAUCACAUCAGUGAGAGUGUGCCUGUGCUGGAGCUGUUUUCCAACAUCUGGGGAGCCGGCGUCAAGACAGCUCAGAUGUGGUACCAGCAGGGUUUCCGGACGCUGGAUGAUAUCCGCACGAAGGCGUCUCUCACCAGCCAGCAAGCUGUGGGACUGAAGCACUACGAGGAUUUCCUGGAGCGCAUGCCCCGGGAGGAAGCUGCAGAAAUAGAACAGACCGUCAGACAAGCAGCCUUGGCCCUGAAGCCUGGGCUCGUGUGCGUGGCUUGUGGCUCCUACCGCCGGGGGAAGCCCACCUGCGGAGACGUGGACGUGCUGGUCACUCACCCCGACGGGCAGUCUCACCGCGGGGUGUUCAACAAGCUGCUCGACAGCCUCCACAGGAGCGGCUUCCUUACAGAUGACCUAGUGAGUCAGGAGGACAAUGGUGAUCAGAAGAAGUACCUGGGGGUCUGCCGCCUCCCGGGGCCAGCCCGGCGUCACCGCCGUCUGGACAUCAUCGUGGUGCCUUACGGCGAGUUCGCCUGCGCCCUGCUCUACUUCACCGGCUCGGCUCACUUCAACCGCUCCAUGCGCGCCCUGGCCAAGACCAAGGGCAUGAGCCUGUCGGAGCACGCCCUCAGCUCGGCUGUGGUGCGAGGUCCCGGUGGUGUCAAGGUGCUACCUGGUCGUAUUCUGCCCACCCCCACCGAGAGAGAUAUCUUCAUCCAGCUGGGACUGCCUUACCGGGAGCCCUCCGAGCGGGACUGGUGACACCCUGCUGUCACCCAGCUGCCGUGCUGCUGGUUUGCAGGGGGCUGAUUUCCCUGGUGCUGCUCUGCAGUGACUGCAAGCUGGGGAAGGUAAACCAGCAAAUGGGGCCCUGCUGCUGCUAGCAGAGCUUUGUGGCUUCACCCAGCAGAGGGCGUGGGCUGGAACCAGGCUGGAAAUGCUGCCCGGUGCCACACGCAUCCU